AUGCCGACCGCAUUCGUUUUACUGGACGAUCAGUCCCCUCUCAUCACCUAUGAUGAUACAUGGGCUUACGGUUAUUCUUGGGGUGAUGACACCAUCAGCUACUACUACCGUGGAACAUUCACCGUCAGCGCUCAGCCCAACGCUCAGUCGGCUACGUUCUCUUUGAACGGCACGGGCGUUGCUGUCUAUGGUAGCCAACGCUUUAAUCAUGGCGAGUAUUCCGUAUCCGUGGACGGCCAGACAAACACAGCAGACGGAUAUUCGUCAACGAAUGCCUUUCAGAAGGCUUUGUUUACACAGUCUGGUCUCCAACAAGGCAUGCAUAGCAUUACAAUUACCAAUACCGGGUCGGGAAAUAAGACUGACUUCGACGUGGACUUUGUCACAUGGGAGUUUGAAGUGGGGGACGAUAGUCAAGGGCUCUUGUCUGUCCAGGUGCAGGACACCGAUCCCAGCUUUGACUAUCAGCCAGCUUCUGCGUGGAGCGACAGCCCGUCGCAGGCGUACAUGUAUAACAACGGGUCGGCGCACGCUACGUCUGUCGACGGUGCGUCCGUCACGUUAACGUUCACGGCAAGUGAUGUUAUCAACCUCUACGGUACUGCCGGUCCUAGCAACGGAUUCUACUCCGUGUCGAUGGAUGGUGUUGCUGGAGACACGUACAAUGCGACGAGAUACCUCACCUCAUAUCAGAAUAUUAUUUAUCACGCCAACAAUCUUGGACCUGGAGAGCAUAAGCUCACCGUGACCAGUCAACCCCAGGCCGGGGGUCAGUAUUUAAACAUCGACUACGCCGAAGUCAUGGUACUUACGAAGUAA